UCCAACCCAGUGACUUUCGAGCAUCCCACUACGGACUACUUAAUCCCUUGACAUGUUUCACAGCGCGAUCUUACCCGCGUCUACUCGGAAGUCAAUCCCGUUGAGUUCAGUGAGGCUAACUCUCAGCUGCUUGACUCACAGGCUUUGACACAAGCCAGAUGGCUGCGGUUGGUAGGCGCACAGGCUGCCUGGUACUACAGUUGAUGAGACAGAAUAGGAAGACGUUUUAUGAUCAGCUGCGGGAGCACAAUAAGACUGCAGCUUUGCUAGGGUCACGUAGGGAUAAAAAGAACUGUAAGGUGGUCUUUUCCCAGGAGGAUCUGAGGAAGCGGCUGACACCCUUGCAGUACCAUGUAACUCAGGAGAAAGGGACUGAAAGUGCCUUUGAAGGAGAAUACACAUAUCACAAAUCUCAUGGAAUAUACAAAUGUAUUGUGUGUGGAACUCCUUUGUUCAAGUCAGAAACAAAGUUUGACUCCAAUUCAGGUUGGCCUUCAUUCUCUGAUGUGAUUGCUUCUGACACCAUUAAAUUCACUGAUGACUACUCCUUUGGGAUGCACAGGGUUGAGACAAGUUGCAGUCAGUGCGGUGCUCACCUUGGACAUAUUUUUGAUGAUGGGCCACGUCCAACUGGUAAACGCUAUUGCAUAAAUUCGGCUUCACUGUCUUUUGAAUCUGCAGACAAGAACUAUGCUGGAGAAGGAAGCAUUAGUUCUGCUUCUGCCCAACCAGACAAGACAGAGCUGUAGUGGGAACAUCAUUGCUCAGAAAACUUUGCGUUCCUAGACGACCUAUAAAGAAUGUUAUUCUAAAUUGCCUUCUAUCUUAUAUGUUUUUAAACGAACUUGUAAAGAUAUUCUGCACUAUAAUUUUUUUUCUGAAUCAAAAUGAGGCCUUGUGUGCCAACGUAUUUUGUUAUAUAGUCUCACAGAAAUAAUUGUUGACUCCUCUGCUUUGGGGAAAUCCCAUAAUAAAAGAGUCCUUGGCACUACAGGUUGCUAAUUUCUAUGUACUGUUUUGUUAAAUAGGUUUGAAUAAUAUCUUUCCUUGUUUGUGAGGGAGACGGUUACAGUUCUCAUACGUCAAUGCAGAAUUGUAGUAUAUAACAGUAUUUCUGUUAUCCUAGUACUUAAUGAUUUUGUUCUGAUUUACAAGUCAUGUGUGAUCAACCAUCUCUCCAUAAGUACCACAAAGGCUCAGAUUUCUGCUAAAAUCUCAAAAUUGUACUUAUAGUUAAGUAAAUAGUAAUCAGCUGCUCCCCACUACCACAACUAGGGGUACUAAAAUCUUAAUCAAAACAAUGAGCUCCCUUGUGUUAUGGCUGGACAGAGCAGAUAGUCGGCCUUUGCCCUUUUGUGAACCUAUGGCUUUCCAUUUUGACAGUUCAAGUUACAAUUAGAAUUUAAAUGAAUGUGAAUAGGGAUCUGUUUAUUUUAGGCAGCAGCAAUUAGAACUUUAGAGGCCAACACUAUCUGUCAGUAGUGGAUGAAGGCUAGUCGUAGUAGGUUCACUGGUUUUAUCAUGCCACCAACGAGGUCCUGAAAAAUACAGAAAUAAUAAUAAUAACAACAACAACAACAACAACAACAACAACAACAACGCAGAGACCAUAAAAAGAUUUACAUGGUAGCCUGAACUAGUUAUUUUUCUGGGUCAUGUCUCAGAGCAUGCAGUAAAUAACUGGUGCAGCCUAUACCACAUCCUUGGCAAUGCUGCUAAUUAGUGUUCCGCUUUUGUCCUGGGAAAGUUAAUACCUCAUUAAAGAGGUACAAACUUUACUACAAUCCCCUGACAAUGCUUGGACAGGCAUUACAAGAGAUGAGUAGUGGCAACUAAUGUGCUAUUUUAAGCACUAGGCUGUUGUGCCCACGCACGUGCAAAUUUACAGGAGUGAUGCUUGAAAAACAAUCACUUGGCCUCUGCUAUCUUGCUGUUUUUCAGUUUCUACAUAUGCACAAUCUGCUUCUUUGUGCACAUGAACAGCAGAUGCACAAAGACUGUUACUAGAACAAAGAGGGGCAAACCAAACAAAGAGAAAUUUCAGCAAGGAACAGUAAUAUCCAUAGAGAGAUUGAGUAGCAUAAUGAGGAGAAAGCAUGCUUUAAUUUAAAUUUGUCCCAGUGCCCUUCGUGAGAUAAGAAUACUUUUCAGUACUUUCUUUGUGCUGAAAUUUUCUUUUUCACGUUGUAAGAGGAUUGGCACAGCCGCUCUGAGCAUUGCCUUUAAGUAGUAUAUAUGAUUGUAAUUGAGAAGAGCUGUAUUUUCUACAUUAUAGCACUACAGUACUAAUUAAGAUAAUUUUUCCAUGCAAUAUUCAAUACCAAUGUAAAACAUACUACCUGAAGUAUCUUAACACGGAAGUCCUAUACAAUACGUUAGAAUUACUUUUUACCUUUUUAGCCUUACAGCUCAAAGGAGAAAAACCAUAUGCUAAUAAAUAACAAAUAGAACUGGAGAAUAGACAGAUGGAGAACUUCAGGAUGCAACUAUAUGCAUAAGAGAACAAUUACUUUUGUUCGCACCACUCCCAUGUCAGCAAUUAUUCUCUGGUUUCUGCAGACCUUAGUACAGAACGGAGGCACAAUUUUUAUGUGUCUUGUCUUUGUUUUUUGUUCAUUGGUGGGUUCCCCCCCCUUUCCCCCUCAUAAGGGUUGUUCUUAUUCCUUGCCUUCUUUGGAAGAAAAGAGUUUUCUCCUAUCACAUUUUCUGUCCUAAAUCUUUAAUAUGCAACAUCGAUAAAAAUGUGGGACAUGUAUGCAAGUUUAUUUUUCAGAUCACUGUUGUAGUUAAGGGUUAUUGGGUUUCAGCAUAUUUCUGUCUUGCAUUAAAGAAAUAUAUUACUAAAACUUCAAUGAGCAAUAAUGUCAGCUGUCCAUCGGUAGAUUUAUAUUCGCAGGAUAUGGAAUUCAAUGAACUGAGUCAGUAUGGCGAGGUGUAUGUGAUCUGUGGGAGUGUAACACCAUUAACAUAGGAAAGCCAUUGUUCUUUCUCUGCACCGCAACACUGGGCAAUGCUUUUCGCUAUGAAUGCCAAUAGUGGAUACAAGCAUGACUGGUAUUGCAAAGCCCAAAUACAAAUCCCUUUGUUUAUGGACUUGACAAAGUAUCUUCGACGUUGAGCACAAUAUAUAGCGUGGAAGCCGAUUGCUGUGUCUUCUUUGUAUUGUGUGGAUGCACAUAAUUACUAAAUGCAAAUUAUAUAGGAAUAGAGAACUGUACUUUAUAAUAUCUUAUCUAUAUUAUAUAGAAGUUUGCAGAACAUAUAUUGCAGAGUAUAUAAAGAUAUUUUAAAGAAAGAGAAAAAUAAAAUGAUUAUUUUAGCAUAUACUAUUUUAAAUAUUCAAACUUUUCUUCAGAAUCG